UGGAUUCCAUUGGAGGUUAAAUUCUCAGGCCACUUAACCUUUUGGGACGAGUUCAUCUGGUGCCUUUUCUCACCGCCCUCAAAAAUAGACUACGGGUGUCAGUUGGGCGUUCUCCCCCCCCCUCCCCUCCCCGUCCCUCCCUUGCCCUUGGCCGGCGGCGGUCACGUGACGCCGGCGUCCGGCGCGUCCUCGCCGGGCAACCGUCCUGGAGACUGACUCCGGGCUGCGGCAUGGACAUCAUCUACCCUCUGGCGGUGCCCAAGGGGCGGCGGCUCUGCUGUGAGGUGUGCGAGGCUCCGGCCGAGCGGGUGUGCACGGCCUGUACAGUCACUUACUACUGUAGUCCAAUGCAUCAAAGAGCUGACUGGGUCAGCAUCCAUGAGAAGAUAUGUCAGCUUCUGAUUCCACUGCGCACUUCCAUGCCCUUCUUUAAUUCAGAGGAAGAGAGGCAGCAUGGCCUGCAGCAGCUACAGCAACGACAGAAGCACUUGAUUGAAUUCUGCUACACUGUGGCCCAGAAAUAUCUUUUUGAAGGCAAAUAUGAGGAUGCUGUACCCGCUGCAUUGCAUUCCCUUCGCUUCCGCAGGAAUGUGUAUGGCCUGAGUUCAGUAGAGCUUGUGCCUGCUUACCUGUUGUUGGCAGAGGCCAGCCUUGGUAUGGGCCGGAUUGUGCAGGCUGAAGAAUAUCUGUCUCAAGCCCAGUGGACCGUGCUCAAGUCAACUAACUGUAGCAAUGCCACCCACUCUUUACUGCAUCGGAACCUGGGACUUCUCUACAUAGCCAAGAAGAACUAUGAUGAAGCCCGUUUUCAUCUGGCCAAUGAUAUUUAUUUUGCCAGUUGUGCUUUUGGAACAGAGGAUAUCAGGACCUCAGGAGGUUACUUCCACCUGGCUAAUAUCUUCUAUGGACUUGGAAAGCUGGAACUGGCAGACACAUUGUACACUAAGGUCUCGGAUAUCUGGUAUACUUAUGUGAACGAUCGCUAUCAAACCCUCUUACAGGUUCGUGCUCAAAAACCAGAUUUACUGGGCAAACGACUUGUGAAUGACACUGGCCUGGAUGAAGCCCAGGAUGCAGAAGCCAUCGGGAUCCUGACUUCAGUCUUGAGCAUUCGGGAAUCCACUUUUGCCAAAACUCCAAAAAAAACUAUUUUGGUUCUGAAAAUCCUGGCCAUGCUUUACUACCUGAUGAUGAAUUCUUCAAAGGCAAAGGAAUAUGGCACAAGAGCCCUCAAACUAGCCCAAGAACAGCUCGAUGACCUUGAGCAAAAAAUUGUUCAAGACAUUCUAAAUGUCAUCUCAGCUGAAGAUCAUCCUGCUGAUAGAGACCUGUGAGCUUCACAUCAGGGACUAUUUAAGUGGCUAACAAAGGCCUGAUAUGCUUCAGCCUUGUGUACUGCUCUUAGGUACUCUGGAUUGCUGACAUUUCCACCUUCUGCUCCAGCAAUUUCGUACAUAGCUGUGAUAUGAUUAGCAUAUGUGACGGGGGACAGACAACUGUAGAUGUAGAUAUCAGUAAAACCUUUGUCAUGACCUUA